UCUCAACCAGCAGCGUCCACACAGCUCUAACAAGAUGGCGCUCUACCCAGAAGAGGAAUGGGAUUAUUCUAAUUCAUCUGAUUAUUCUGAUUAUUCUGAUUAUUGGAAUGGAACCGACAUUGUUGAACCUUGUCAUUAUGACAACAACCACAGUGUGGAGCAGGUGGUGGGCCCGUACAUCCACUCCAUCAUCUGUGUUCUUGGGUUCCUUGGAAACAGCCUGGUGAUCAUCACCUACGCCUUCUACAAGAGAACCAAGUCCAUGACUGAUGUUUACCUGCUGAACGUGGCCAUUGCUGACCUGCUGUUUGUGGUUUCGCUGCCCCUCAUCGUCUACAAUGAGCUGACGUCGUGGUCCAUGGGGUCGGUGGCCUGCAAACUGCUGCGUGGUUCCUACAGUGUGAACCUGUACAGCGGCAUGUUGCUACUGGCCUGCAUCAGUACUGACCGCUACAUCGCCAUCGUCCAGGCCCGUCGCAGCUUCCGUCUGCGCUCGCUGCCCUACAGCCGCCUCAUCUGCGCCAUCGUCUGGAUCUGCGCUCUGCUGCUGUCUGUGCCCACCUUCUACUUCUACAAAUGUUACACACCCUCCCACAGCAUAGACAUACUGCAUUUCGACAACAUGACUCUAAAUUCUGAGCCCGAAAACGUGUGCGAGAUGAAGUUUGACAACAACAACACAGCCAUUGUCAUGAAGGUGGUGGUCCCCAGUACUCAGCUGGCGGUGGGCUUCUUUCUGCCCCUGCUCAUCAUGGUCUUCUGCUACACCAGCAUCAUCGUCACCCUCCUGAGAGCCAGGAACUUCCAGAGGCACAAGGCGGUGCGGGUGGUUUUUGCUGUGGUGGCGGUCUUCAUCAUCUGUCACCUGCCCUACAACAUCACGCUGUUUUACGAUACUGUCAGGAUGUUCAAGCAUGAGGACUGCAGUGUGGUGGACAACGUGCAGAUGGUCAAGACCAUCACGCAGACCAUCGCCUACUUGCACUGCUGCCUGAACCCAGUGCUGUACGCCUUCAUAGGGGUGAAGUUUAGGAACCACUUCAGGAGGAUCGUCCAAGACCUCUGGUGCCUGGGGAAGAAAUACAUUGCCCCCCGAAGGUUCUCCAGAGUCACCUCAGAGAUCUAUGUGUCCACUCGGCGCUCUGUGGAUGGAUCCAGUGACAACGGCUCCUCAUUUACCAUGUGAGGACACUCUACAAUUGAACGCAGAAAAAGCAAAACAAACGACUUCUAUAAGAAACCAUGUGUGAAGUUUACUCGAGCUGUACCUGAGUUUGGAAAAUGUAAAACAAAUGUAAAUUAUGAUUCUCAAUCUGUGGGCUCGGUGGUUCUCAUUCAUCAACCAGGUCGGGGGGGGCUGUCAAAACACCUCUGGGGUCAGUCGUACAGGAUUAUGCAUUACCUCACAGAACUAAAUUACUGCGAUAGUAUUAGGAUAGAAAUGUUGUAUAUACAUGACAAUAGCAUGUUAAGUUUUGGCUUGUUUUGGGUGCAAAUAAAACUGUGAAAAGGGUCAGAGACAGGAUUAAAAUAACAAAGACAGAAGACAAAUAUACACCCGACUAUCAGCAUCCACCACCUCCUCCUUCUAAGGUUUAACCCCAUUUUACAAAGUCACUUCUUCUUUAUUCAUAUGACCAUAUCAGGUCCAUAAACAUGGGUGCUUUUAAUCUUUUUCACUCUUCAAGACAUUACUUUCUCUGUGUGAGGAAGUCGAACAUCCACAAUUUGUGAUGAUCCAGUUAUUACCAAAACCUAUGAAAAUUAAUGAAAACAAACAGAUGAACAAACUGAUUCAAUUCACGAAAGAAAAGCAUUCCACCUUAAACGUCAGUGUCUGCGUUUGGUAUCGUCAAAAACAUAGACGUUUAACAAACAAAGAGCCUAAAAAGCUGCAGACAUGUUUGUAGUUUAAUGACUCCAGCUGUGAAUUCACUCAUGAACUCAUCAGUCUGUCCUGCAUCCCCCUUAUGUCCACAGAGUUUCAGGUUUUUAAGUGGUUUUGGUUUUCAAUGUGUAUGUGUUUUUGCGCUGAAGUCCUUUCACAUCAACUCUUCACUGAUAAUGGGACUCGUUCAGUUUCUUUAAAUGUGUCUUUUUGGGUUUUUUUGCUUAAAACUUUCUAUAACUGUUGGACCCAAAGCUUUAGGCUUGACUGGUUUUUCAUCCCAACUUUUCAAACUUUCAUCAUUCUCACUGAUCCAGGUUAUGUUUUAUGUUUAUGAGGUUUUUGUGUUUUUGUUGAUGUAAAAACAUGACUUCUUUGUAUAAUAGCUUAAGGUCAUUUAAAAGAAAAAAAAAGUACAUUGUUAGUUGUUUUAAGUCAUAUUAUGCUUUUUUCCUCUAGUGAAUAAGAUUGUUUCCUUUAUUUUUUCAUCAAAACAGCAGUUGAUUCAAACUUUUUCACCUUAAGUAUAUUAAGAUACUAAAGGUUUUUUUUUUUUCGGACUUAAAGGAUGAACUGAACCAAAGGAUAUUCUCAAUCUGAAUUCAUUCAGUCUGAACAUGUGUUUAUUUCAUUUCAUUUUGAUUAAUAGACCUAUUUGGAUUUUUCCUCAGCUCAUUCUCCUCUAAUUCUGCACUUGUAUUAAUCACUUAUUCUUCUAACAUGCAAUAUUUCUGUCAUCAGAUUUAUUUUGAAAUAAAUGUUUUAAACAUGUUUUAAUUUCCAUUUCACUGACGCGAUACAAACGGUUGUUUGUAAUUCUUCAGCUCAACAGCAGGGGGUGACAUUUUCAGCGGUCACUGAUAGAAUGAAGAUGAGUUCAGCAGGUCGUAUCAUCUGAAGGGAUCCAUUUCCAUCCCCAGAAAAUAAUGUUUAUUUUGGAAGGGUUCAGUCAAAAGGCUCAUAUUUGUAGUUAUUACCGUAAAAUACUGGAUACAUCAGCAACAUAUCACUGAUGUAGAGCAGUGGUUCUCAAACUUUUUACAAUGGAGUACCCCCGAAAUCUACUUUUUUAGCCAAGUACCCCCAACUCUCACUUCAGCACUUUUGAUUGAAAAGAAUUAGGCAAAAUUUUCUCCUGUGCCAAAGGUGUCUGUUUAUAUUUUCAAAACUUUGUAAACAAACAGCAUAUAUUUGACUGUAAUAUAUAAAAAAUAAACUUUUAAAAG